UUUACAGGCCGUAAACAGGCUAUUCCUGAUCAGAGACUUCCAGUUUGCUACGGAUCAGAACACUGGUGCUUCAGCUGUGUUUUUGCCUACUGAUGUGAGCCUUGCCAAUGAGGGCAUAGUAAGGAAAAGCUAAGUCUCUGACGUCAGGAUGCCCCAUGUGACUCACUCUGCAUACUGGAUGAACACGCCUCCCACAAGAAAUUUUUCUCAGAUACCUUACAGAGAAUUGUAGGUGUUAUGGACUAAAUGGAAUGUACUCCAGUGUCAAAUUGUGAAGAAGACGUUCAACAUUUUUUGCGGGUACUUGAUUCAGGGUCUCUAGAUGCUAUGACUGCUGUGGGGAGUUUGCAGAAUUUCUAUGGACCAUUCUUCUGGGAAAAAAUGACGAAGAUGCUGUGCUCAGAAAUACCCACAUCUGAAGGCUUAGAUGGAAAACUAACUUUAAAGCCAGCACUCCUUUUUCUCACUGUCCAUUUGCAAAGAAACCUCUUCAGAUUUUUGAAUCUUUCCAUUUCAUUAGUGCCACCUAAAAGUAUCAGUCUCUUGGUAAAAGCUCUCAAUCGACAGGAAGGGUCCUUGGAUGCUUGGCUGCUUACCCUUAGUAGGGAGCUGGUGGCAGAAACUGAGAUCCAGAAAUCACCUUCUAGCCCACAAGUAAUGAAACAGUUACAGUCAGUCUGCAGUGAACUGUGCCAUUUUGGGAAUGAACAUUCAAAACUAGGUUGGCUGAAACAAGAUGCUAAAACUACAAAACGUAAGUGGACAGAAGACUUUGAUGAAAGCCCUCUUAAGAGAAAAGAGGAAGGCCCUCGUAUUAAAAAGCUGUGUUUUAAAAGGCUUACUACUGAGGAUGAAACACUAAGCACUGCAUGUCACAAGCAAACCCCAACUAAAGUAGAAAGGACAUUGGAGAUACCUGAGACCUUUAAGCUUCACAUGACCAGACUUAGAGAGCUGUUCCAUGUUGAAGGGGAAUCCUUGCAGUCAUGGAGUGAUACAUUUCAUGUUGAUCUAAAGGAGUUAUGUGAGUCUUGCAGCUCAGAGCAGCUGCAGUCUAUUCUGUGCUCUCUGGGUGUCGAACAACUAUCCCCACAGUCUUUGUUGCAGUUCUGUUGUCAUCUGCAUUCUCUGUCUCCAGAUCUUAGUUUUUCCCAAUCUUCAGUGUUGGCCAACCUCCUUUUUAGGAAAAAGGUACUGUCCCUUACAUUUCCAGCACCUCGACCUCUCUUGGCUGCUCUGUCAAUGUUCUGCAUGAAAUACGCUCGAUCAGCAUGCAACAUGCUUAUUGAGCCACUGCUACAGGCAGACACAGGUGCUUUACAAACAGACUUUCUUUGUCGAAUGAUAACUGAGUGUCUGCAACCUGAACAGCUUUCUCUCUGCUUUGGUCCUAUUCUUAAAGUGCCAUUAUGUGAGGGAUCGCUCAGUGUAUUGUACACACUUCUGGAGAAACAGGGAGUCAUCUCUUGUUCCGAGUUUGAACUCCUCCUUACUUCAUUAUGUCAGUCUGCUGAUAACUGCUGUAAAUCUGUGCAGUUCUCCAAAUUACUGAUGACCAUCAUGAGAAAAAAUCAAAGUCUGAUUCUGCCUUCUCAUCUUGGACCCUUAACUAAUGCAAUUAAUUGUAACCAAACCUUCCUGAAAAAGUCCUUGCAAGGCGCUUUUAAUAGAUUGCAAGAAAGUAGAACCUGACUCAUUCUUAUGGUAGAUAACCUAUUGUUCCUUUCAUGUGUACCUGUGAUAAUUAUAUACUUUGGUUUUAUUAUGUUAUAAUAAAUAAAGUCACCUGGUUUUAAGUUAUUUGAAAAACAAA